AAGCCAAUAAAUAAGAAAUAACGCAACACAAAUAGGAUGUACUGUACAAUAACUAAUCUAAAUCAGGAGUCAGGCAUAUCGAAAUGAAACACAUACAUUAAAUAAAUGAAAACAGAUGCCCAGUCCAACCCCCCAACUUCCGCUCUUUUUUACCAGUCCCCAAUAUCAGUCCGCCAUCUAUCUAAUAGAUUACACCAAACCCAGCAGCUAUCGACCACCUUUCCAAAGAUCUGCUCUUAAGGGGGUAUAUGUAUAUAGCUACAAGAAGACGAACCAACUACGAGCCGAGCUUGUGUCACUUGAGCGAACAGAAUAUAUAAUAUCAAUAUAUCUAUCUAUCUAUCCACACACGGCACUGCGCCCGCCUCCUUGUACUGUGCGACCGGCUCCCUGCACAACUAGUUUCGCUCUGAACGGGUAGUAGUAGAUGAUGGUGAUGAUGGUGAUGAUGGCGAUGAUCGAAACUCUGACAAACGGAAUCGAAAGGCGGCUGGUCUGGCUGGCUGCGCGCUGGGCCGAACCAGCCGUAUGCCGUGUGCUGUAUGCUGUAUGCCGUGUGAUGUAUGCUUUCUGUUCUUGUCCUGUCGUACACGAGCACAAGGGGAUAUUGAAAUAUUGAAAUAUUUUUUGCUACGGUGAGUUUUAAGAUGAUGAUGAUGACAAACGCCGAAGGAAACUUUUAUCUACUAAACUAACUGACGGAAGAACUUAAAACGGGGGGGAAGGUGGGUGUGUUCCCUCUUCUUUCUCUAAAGUAUCAGUAUUUUCUUUCAUAAAUUUUGUUUUGUUUUGUUUUUGUUUCCUUUUUUUAUCCAUCCAACUUUCUAUCUGAAUGAACCUCGACCUUUUUCAUGCUCGAUGAAGGUCAGAGAUGUAUGCGGAGGGAGAAGGACGCAGUGGGACAGAGCCAGAGUCACCUAUUAUCUAUCCUAUUACCUCCCCCCUCCCCCCCCCCACCUACCGCCCCU